AUGGAAAGUUAUUUACAAUCUAUAUUACCACCCUCUUGCUCGGUUUCCGGGCCCUGCGCUUGCCAAGAUAAGCAAUGUGUGUUUUCCAGCGAGGGAAACCUCGAAAGUCUCACAGAUGAAAACAACUUGAAGCUGACGGAAAACCAGGGACCGUACUGUGCUUGGCUCUUGAGUGGUCGUCAGCCAUAUACGCUUCUUGGCCUCCAUCUCAAAUAUGGCCCCGUUGUGCGCACUGCCCCAAACGAGCUGUCAUUCAAUACAGCACAAUCAUGGAAAGACAUACAUGGGUUUCGCCAGGUGAUUUCUACGAUUGAGGCAGUUUUGCCGAUCGAGUUCACUCCAUUGCCAGCGAGCGUGAUCCCACCGAACACGGCAUUAUGCGAAGAUACCUUGCGCACGCCUUUUCAGACCAAUCCCUCACAGAAUAGGAGCCUCUUAUCGCCAACAUCAUCGACCGAUUUGUCCAGCAAGUUGGGUUGA